GUUUGGGAAUCACUGAUAUAUUGUUAUGAAUGACGUGGGGUGGUACAGUGGCGCAGUGGAUAGCGCUGCUGCCUAGCAGGGUUAUGGUCUUCGCCAUUUUGCUUGUGGUGAUCUUAAAUUCAUUUGGCCACAUGGGAGAUGCUCCGAAGAUGAAGAUCACCAGGGUCGUCAGGAACUUGGUACCAAGAGCCCGCCACUUGCACCGCCUCGCCACAGACAUUUACAAGUGCUUUGAGCGGACCAACGUUCCUCAGGAGCAACGCCAUUCCAGUAAAAAAACUGCACUUUGUUAUUCAGCCACAAUCCUGGCGCCGAGAAACAAAGAGGAAACCUUACAUAAAUCUGUACUCGAAAAAAGAAGUGACAGACAUACGGACACGUACCGCAAGUUUGAGGUCAUCCUGCCAGCCGACGGCUCUGUGGUGAAAGUGCCCGGGCUCUUGGCUUGCUUUAGGAAAGACGCACACAGAGUGGCAACCUACCUGAAUCUGGUGACAUUCCGACACUUCGCCUAGAGCCACCAACCACCGUGCACUCCGUGGGACGCUUGGAGAAGCCACCACCCUGCAUGGAGUGAUGUUAUGCAUACCGUUUCCCCUUUUCUUUAAAAAAUACCAGAAAGAGAUAACGGAUACAAUUCUGUACGAUUUUAAAAAUAGAUUGUGUUUUUUGUAUAUGUUACAAUACACUCAAAAAUGU